AGGGCCUUUUGUGUGCCACCGUGAGAAGCCGUCUUUCUGACGCGCGUCGCCCGGGGCAACGUGACGUAGAGCAGCACACACGCAUACACACUCACCUGUGUGUGUGUGUGCGGCUUCCGACUCGCUCGCACACACGCAGGUGACGGUGCGCGACCUCCCGCGUAGCACCACCACCGCCACCACAAACACCACCACCACCACCGCCACCACCAACACCACCAUGUCCAGGUUCCGCCAGGUGAAGCCGUCUCUGCCCACGCCGGAGCGACCGCCGCCACGGCCACCACCACCACCACCAUCGCCGGCAUCAUCGUCGGCAUCAUCGGCAUCAUCGCCGGCCGUGGGGGGGCUGGAGGUGGUGGCGAGCCGCUACGAGGUACAGCGCAGGUUGGGAGCCGGCAGCUUCGGCAGCGUCUACCUGGUGCGGGAUCUCAAGGCCGCUGCUGCUGCUGGUGGUAGUGGUGGCGGUGGUGAGGCCAUGUGUGUGCUGAAGACGGUGCCCGUCGGGGAGCUGCGUGCGGACGAGACGGUGCACGCGCACACCGAGGCGCGGCUGCUGGCGCGCCUGCGCCACCCUUGCAUCGUGCGUCUCCACGCCAGCUUCCUGGAGCGCGACCUGCUGUGCAUCGUCACCGAGCUGUGCGAGGGUGGAGACCUGGACGCGAGGCUGGAGCGGUGUCGCUCCAGUCGAGGAGGGGCAGGAGAAGCGCUCCCCUGCGACCUGCUGCUCGACUGGCUGCUGCAGCUGCUGUUCGGGGUGCACUACAUGCACAGCAGCUGCAUCAUCCAUCGCGACCUCAAGACCAAGAACAUCUUCCUGAGCAGGAACGACGUCAUCAAGAUUGGAGACUUUGGGGUGUCUCGUCUGCUGCAGGCCCCGGCCGACAUGGCCUCCACGUUCACGGGCACGCCGCUCUACAUGAGCCCCGAGGUGCUGCAGCUGCACGCCUACGGGGCCAAGGCCGACGUCUGGGCCGUGGGAUGCGUGCUGUACGAGAUGUGCGCCCUGCGCCCGGCGUUUGCCGCCUCCACGUGGGUGCAGAUCCUGCGGCGCAUCCUGGAGGAGCCGGCGCCAGCCCUGCCGCCCGGCUUCCCACCCGCUCUCAACACCAUCCUGCAGAGGAUGCUCAGCAAGGAGACGUCCGUUCGCCCUUCGGCAGAGGAGCUGCUGCACGAGCCGUUCAUACAGCAGCGGAUACAGAGUUCCCUCUCCCGGCUGGAGGAGCAGCUGGGAGCUGAGAGGAGACAGAGCGGAGUGGAGCAGCAGGAAGAGACGUCCCAAGUGCCGCAGCGCAAGGUUCACCUGGAGACGCUGCGAGCGUGCGCACAGGUGCGCGCCAUGACCCCGCGGGAGAGGAUGCGGAUACGCAAGCUCCAGACAGCCGACCUCCACGCAAGAAAGCUGCAGGAGGUGGCUGAGGACCACCGACUCAACAACCUGCGGCAGCGAAACAUCAACCGCUUGCGCAACACGGCCAACCACCUGACAGCGCUCAUGAACAUCGACGAAGCCGCCACGGCGGCAGAGGAGGAGGAGUUGGAAUCGCUCCAGCGCUCAGACAGGAGGAGCGCCGGGACGGAGGGACACGUGGGCCCCAAGACGGAGGGUCACGUGGGCCCCGGGAUGGAGGGACACGUGGUCCCCAAGACGGAGGGUCACGUGGGCCCCAAGACGGAGGGUCACGUGGGCCCCGGGGCCGGCAGGAACUCGGGCCUGGCCGUGCGUGACGGACAGGGCUACGAGAUCCCGGAUGAUCCGGCCCUGGCUGAGAUUCUGUAUGAGGACGACUUCGAGGUGGACAGCGACGACACCAACAGCACGGACGACGACGACGACGAUGAGUCCACCACAAACGACAGCGACGUGAGGGAUCUGCUCCGCUGCUUCCACGCCGUGGUGGACGCGGCGGGCGACGACGGCUCCCAGCGCUAGCAGCAGCGCCAGCAGCUGCCCCGUGGGCAUCGGGGGUCUCUCCCGACGUCGCAACGCGAGC